GGGUUUGGUCGUGUGAGCGGCCCUGGGCGGCGGGAGCGAAGGGCCGCCACGCGAGCCUCCGGUAGAGGAAAAGAGCUCCCGGGAGCGAGAGAGCCAAGAUUACGUCACUGCCGCCGUCUCCUGGCACCUGAACCUCCUCCAGAGUUCACUGUGACCACUGUUCCCUAGACAACAUGGAAGUGGAGGAAGAUGAAUUGUCUCUGCUGACCGCACUGCUGGAGGAGAAUGAGUCAGCCUUGGAUUGUAAUUCAGAAGAGAGCCACCCCUUGACCCAGGGUGAUGGUAUCCCUGAUACAUUUGAUGAGCUCUUCGAUGCUGACGGUGAUGGUGAAUCUUACACAGAGGAGGCUAAUGAUGGUGAAGUGGAAAAGACUCAAGACCAAAAGGAAAAUUUGGCUACUCUCUUUGGAGAUAUGGGGGACUUAUCAGAUGAAGACGUUCCUGUAUUGCAAUCAACUAAAAACAGAGUUCCUUCUGCUCCUGCUCUGAGUCAAGGAAAAACUAAUGAAGAGUUGCAAGAUGAAUUAAGGAAGUUGCAAGAGCAAAUGAAGUCCUUACAAGAACAGCUAAAAAUGGCAACAAUCAAACAGCCUGCAAGUCCAGCCCGUCCACAUACAUCUGUAGAUAAGUCUCCACGCCCCCCUCUUAAGGAGAAGAAAGUUCAGAGAAUUCAGGAGUCGACAUGCUUUUCUGCAGAGCUUGAUGUCCCUACUCUACCAAAAACCAAGCGGGUGGCUCGAAUACCAAAAGUUUCACCUACAGAGCCCAAAAGCUCACCUUCAAGGAUGACAAGUGCACUCUCACAACCACUCCGAAUGACUCCUGGGAACAAACCUAGUGGGAUGACUAGAGAUCACGGUGCAGUGGCCCCCAGGAGUUCUGGGGACACAGCUCAGCCCAUCUCUGUGGAAGCCUUCUCCGGCCUGAGGCUCAGAUGGCCUCGAGUGUCCUCCACAGAAAUGAACAAGAAAAUGACUGGUAGGAAACUGAUCAGACUGUCUCAGCUCAAGGAAAAGAUGGCAAGUGAGAAGCUGGAAGAAAUAGACUGGGUGACAUUUGGGGUUAUAUUGAAGAAAGUCACUCCGCAGAGCUGUAGCAGUGGGAAAACAUUUAGCAUCUGGCGACUGAAUGAUCUUCGUGACCUGACGCGGUAUGUUUCGUUGUUCUUGUUUGGAGAAGUUCACAAAGAACUCUGGAAGACUGAGCAGGGUACUGUCAUCGGGCUGCUCAAUGCUAACCCCAUGAAGCCCAAGGAUGGUUCAGAGGAGAUAUGCUUAUCUAUUGAUCAUCCUCAGAAGAUCUUAAUUAUGGGUGAAGCUCUUGACCUUGGAACCUGUAAAGCAAAGAAGAGGAAUGGAGAACCGUGUACACAGACUGUUAAUUUGAAGGACUGCGAGUACUGUCAGUAUCACAUCCAGGCCCAGUAUAAGAAGCUCAGUGCCAAGCGAGCUGACUUGCAGUCCACCUUCUCUGGAGGACGAAUUCCAAAGAAGUUUGCCAGCAAAGGCAUCAGCCUGAGAGAACGUCUGUGUCAGGAUGGUUUUUACUAUGGAGGAGUUUCUUCAGCGUCAUAUGCAGCCUCAGUUGCAGCAGCUGGUGCUCCUAAAAAGAAGAUUCAAACCACUCUGACUAAUCUGGUUGUGAAAGGCACAGAUCUGAUCAUUGAGGAAACUCAACAAAAACUCGGAAUAGCCCAGAAGAGCUUGUCUUGCUCCGAGGAAUUCAGAGAAUUAAUGGACUUGCCUACAUUUGGAGCCAGAAAUUUGAAACAACAUUUAGCCAAAGCCAAGUCAUCAGGGAUCAUGGGGAGCCCAAAACCUGCUUUCCAGUCUAUCUCGGCGUCAGCCCUCCUGAAGCAACAGAAACAGCAUAUGUUGGAGAUAAGGAAAAAGAAAUCAGAAGAAAUCAAGAAACGAUUUUUGCAAAGCUCAAAUGAGGUCGCGAGCCCAGCUGUGCCAUCGUCUUCUCGACAGCCCCCUUCUCGGUCUCCACCAACAGGGGCCGAGUUCCCCAGGCUGGAAGCAACCGUAGCCACACAGGCGCCCAAGCUGGGGCGAGGCAUCUCAGAAGGGGAUGAUGUUCUCUUUUUUGAUGAGUCACCGCCUCCAAAACCAAAACUGAGUGCUUUAGCAGAAUUCAAAAAGCUAGCUGCAAUAACCAAAUUAAGGGCAAAAGGUCAAAUUCUUUCAAAAACAGACCCAAACAGCAUUAAAAAGAAGCAAAACCAUCCCCAGGAUGUCCUGGAAGUGAAGGCACGAGUAGAAAAAAAUACCACAUUCUCUUCUCAAGCUGAGGAUGAAUUGGAGCCUGCCAGGAAAAAAAGGAGAGAACAGCUUGCCUAUUUGGAAUCUGAAGAAUUUCAGAAAAUCCUAAAAGCAAAAUCAAAGCACACAGGCAUCCUAAAAGAAGCUGAGGCUGAGCUGCAAGAACUCUAUUUUGAGCCACUGGUAAAAAAAGAACAACUAGAAGAAAAGAUGAGAAAUAUCAAAGAAGUGAAAUGUCGAGUGGUGACAUGCAAGACUUGUGCCUACACCCACUUCAAGCCUUUAGAGACCUGCGUCAGUGAGCAACAUGACUACCAUUGGCAUGACGGCAUAAAAAGGUUUUUCAAGUGUCCCUGUGGAAACAGAUGCAUCUCCCUUGACAGGCUCCCUAAAAAGCACUGCAGUAACUGUGGCCUCUUCAAAUGGGAACGGGACAGAAUGCUAAAGGAAAAGACAGGCCCAAAGAUAGGAGGAGAAACCCUGUUACCAAGAGGAGAAGAGCAUGCCAAAUUCCUGAACAGCCUUAAAUAGCCCAGACUUCAGGCAGAUACCCACAACCUACAUUGCUUCUUGUGGUUCUGGGAAAGCAAGGAUCAGUUCUGUGUGGUGUUCCUGAUUGACACAGUCAAAACAAGUACUUGUUAAGCCUACAAGCUUUGCCUACGUACUUCCCUCCAUUGUGUUGAUUGGACACCAAAUUUAACAUUGACCUUUAAGUGGAAAAUGAAGAUGCCAUUAUCUUCUGUGUUCUUAGUACUGAUGGCUACAUUCACACAAUUUUUUGCUCAAAAACUGGAAGGUAAAUUGAGAUUUGUGUUUCUGUAUCUCUUGGGUUAUAGGGUAUGCAAUGUCCGAGGCAAAAGAAUUAAUUUAGCUCACCCUGAGCAAGUCGCUUAACUUCUGGACUUCAGUUUCCUUAUCUGUAAAAUGAGGAAAGUUGGACUGACUGAUCUUGAAAUGUAUCUUUUAGCACUCAAAUUUUACAAAUAUAUAACUUUUUUUAUCUAGAUAAUUAUGAUCAUUGCCCUUGAUACAGUGAUAUAGUUUUGAUACACUGAUACUAUAAGCCAGGUUUCUUCUUUCUCUGUUUUGAUUUUUUUGUUGUUUUUUUGUGGGUUUUUUUGUUUUAAACAACAAAAAUUUAUUUUCUCACAGUCCAGAGUCUAGAAGUCCAUGAUCAGGGCACCAGCAUGGUCUGGUUCUAAUGAGAAAUCCUUCUGGCUUGCAGAUGACUGCCAUCUUGCUGUGUGCUCACAUCAUCUCUUUGGGCAAAGUGUGAGGGGAAUGGGAAAGGGAGAGACAGUUGAUUUAUUAUUUUUUUAAAUUAGGUCACCAAACCACUGCAUUUCAAAUCAUAUCUGUAUGGCUCUCUGCCCAUACAAUAUUGUGGAGCUUUGAAUGCAAAUACCUAAAAAUCUCAUCAUUUUAAAAUAUGGUUUAAAGAAGCUGAAACUUCUAACCAAAAUGAAUGUAACGAGAAGCUAGAAAACAUGACUGAAAAAAACAGAAACAUCCCAUAAAUAAUGGAGUUUGGGAUUGGCACAUAUACUUUAUUACACACAUUAAGAAUUAGAGCUCAAGCCCUGGCAAAUUACUACCACAAAAUACCAUUUUCUCUGCCUGUGCAACUUGACUGUCCAGAUACUAUUUGACCCAAACGAAUGCUAAUGUCUAAAGAUCAGGUAAAUUGGUAAGAUUAUUAUAUUGGGAUUUGAACUCUAACUAGAAGUAGAUUAGGUUUCCCCAAGAUGGUGUUAUGGUACGAACAUAACAGUUACGGGAGAUGACUGAUUUGGGUGUAUAAGAGUCAGAAAUAAAAUUCACGUGCCUCAGAUUAUAUCAAACUCUGCUCUAUAUGGUUAAAAGGUGCUGUAUCUGCCCUUGUGUUUCCAUCUAAGGUCAUAUCUUGAUACCUUUAUUUUUAGGAACAUUUUACUUUCCAGGAGGUAUUGGCUUUUCAAUUUUUUUAAACUAACAAAAAAUAAAGUAUUUCAUUCUUGAUAAGAACCAAAACCACUUGAAACUGGUAUUUUUAAGGCUCACUUAGAGUAGGUUAUUUGUCCCAUAAACUUAAAACAGAGCUACGUAUUUGAAGUAGGUCACAAAUGAACAGUUGCCUAGAAUUUGAACUUCAAUUGCUCAUUGAGUAUUUCUCUUCCUAUGUGAGAAUAUGUUCUUGUUUGAACCACGGGCAUCUGAGUCCAUAUUCACUUGACUAUUGUAUGCAAGUAGCAUAAUAUUCUUGUAAAGGUUGAUGGUGAGCUGAAUCUGAAUGCCUUCCUUUUUUAAAACUUUAAUUUUCAGUUUUAAAAUGAUUUAAAAAUGGAAGUGAAUGACUACUCAGUUACUCUAGAUCUUGGGGAGUUUUCAUUUGGGGUGGUGUAUGUGUGUGUGCAUGCACACGUGCUUUCCCAAAAUAUUCAGGUAUCAGAAGGGGUGGGUAGGCAGGAGGGGGAACUUACUUGUUUGCACUGAAAAUAGGAUUCAUCAGUGAGAUCAGUCUUUUAAUCUUACCCUCUUUAUCAAUGUGUAUUAAAUGCUUUCAUAUAAAA